AUGUCUUCUCUGGCUCGCACGCGGUCGCUGCGCAAGCCUGCGGGUCCCACGGCCUUACCUCCUCGCGAACGGUUCGGCGAGCUGAGCCAGCCCGACCCCAACCGCAACCUCUCGCCCAGCCGACUUCCCACGAACCCAGCCUCGCGGCCGACGACGAACUCCUCGACAACCGCCACUACCCCCGCGCGAGCCGCUAGCAAUCGCCUACACAGGAAGGGUAGCGGCGCAUCAUCAGAUGGCGCUUUUGCAGCGACGGCGCCGACGGUGCCUAAAAGGUCCGUCUCGCUGGGCAAGAAGACUGUGACGGCCGCCGCUGCCGCUCAGGGGAACAGCGCUGCGUCGCCCGCGAGAAGGGACACGCAUAGAUAUCCGCCGCGUUCUUCGGCGACACGUCCGGCAUCCAUGGUUCUGAGGCCCACGUCGGCUGGCUCCACGGGCUCGGCGCCUAUGGCGAUCAGACGCACGACACCGACACAUGCGCGUGCCAACAGCACUGCCGGGGCGGGAGCAGGAUCAGCGCCGCUUGCAGCUGCAUCACAGGAGCGUAUGAGCCGAUCUCGGCCACCGUCGCGUGAUUCGACAACAUCUGUUGCCGUCACACCGGCCACGCCCAAACGACGCGCCGUAUCGGCCGACAAACGGCCUAUGCCACCCACCACACCCAACAAGGCUACCGCCGCCGCGCCGACGCCAAGCCUGCAGCACCGUCCGGCCUUUAACACACCGCACCAGCGGUUCUCACCCGCCAAGACGAGCUCGCCCAAGCCGCCCACGGCAUCGUACACGCAGCGGCCAUCGUCGCCGUCCAAGCUGCCCGCCAAUAUUGCCGCGUCGGCAGAGACGGCCCGUCUGCAGGCCGAGCUGCUGCAGCUGCAUUUCCUGCACCGCGACGCUGCCAAAGUGGAAUCCCAGUGGCACGCUAGCGCCAAAACGAAGCUUGGCCUGCGCUUCCACGAGCUGCGCGAUGCCCACCAAGCGCUGGCGGACCGCGAGGCCGCCGCCGCCGAGGCAGACAAUCUGCAAGCCCUGCAGCGCUGGGGCGGCGCGCUCCUCGACGCCAAGAUCCGAUCGCUGGACACUGCCAUCAGCGGCGUCUGGGCCAUGAGUGAGCCCGGCGGCAAGUACGCCCGCGUGGUUCGGCGAUUUGAGCGCUGGGUCGAGCGCGUCAUGGACCUUGAGGAGGCGCGGGACAAUGGCACCAUUAGUCUUCUCGUAAGCGGCGGCGCCGCCGCCGUUGAGGACGCGCUCUUCGUGCCGGAGCUCGACCUGGCGUGGGCGGACGACUGCGAGAGCAUGGCACGCAAGCUCGAGGAUUGGCGGGACCAGCUCGAGGGCGCAGGCUUGGAGAACCAGAACGACAGUGCCAAGGCGACUAUGGCGAGUCUCGGGCGCAUGCUCGACGGCGCAAGAAGCCUUGUCGGGGACAUGCUGGCGGAGCUGUCCGCCAUGGAGGAGAUUCGGCAGGCGGCGCUAGCGCGCGAGGAGGAUUGGAUCGAAGCCAUGAAUAAGGACGAUGACGAGAGCGAUAUACCCCUACGAGCCGGCGCAGUUUGGCGGGCUUUUUAA